GCUUUAUAUAAUGGUCAAUACCUACACUCGUACCAAUUCACCUCUCGGUCGCAUGCUUUCUCUCAUCGAAGUCCCUGAUUCACCACUCCGCUUCCUCAUCCUCGACUGUCCUACCGAAUCAACCCUCCCAUACUACCUAGAAGAAUUCAAACGAUUUAACGUCACCGACAUUGUUCGGUGCUGCCAACAAACAUACAGUGCAUCAACACUCGCUGAACAUGGAAUCCAGGUUCAUGAUUUACCUUUCAAGGAUGGUGGUGUGCCACCUCCCACUGUUGUCCGUGAAUGGCUCUCUCUCUUAGAUGCCCAGGACCGCGUGGCUAAAGCGCACCCAGACUCUCCUCCAACAAUUGCCGUUCAUUGUGUAGCCGGGCUUGGACGUGCACCUGCUCUUGUUGCAAUUGCCCUCAUUGAACUUGGAAUGCAGCCAUUAGAUGCCGUAGACUUCGUACGACAGAAGCGCAGAGGGGCGUUCAACAAGCCGCAGAUUGCCUAUUUGGAUACAUACAAACGCACGUUAAACAAAACCAAAUCCUCCACAGGCUCAUUCAAGAGCUCUCUUGGAAAAAUGUUCAAGUUUGGGACUAGCACCAAGAAACAGGAGGUGACGAUCCAUUGAAUACAUGGCUCUACAAACUUGGAAAAGAUAAUUAUAAAUUAUCAUCAACAUCAUAAUCAUAAUCAUAAUCAUAAUCAUCACUAU